CAGCGAGACUUUCCCGAUUUUCCCUGCUCAACGCUCUGCGCUCUGGGACCUACGUUGUGAGCGAACCCAAAACCAUGUCGGACGCCGAGAGCGAACACAAAAUGGCGGACGAAGUGGAGGACGAGGAUAAGGUCGUGGAUAACGGCGCCAUGCUGGAUGACAACAACCAGGAGGUGCCCCUAACCAAGAUGGACCACGGGGUCAGCGAGAUGCCGUCUCACUUGAGCGUCUCCAAGAGAAAUCACUCCGUCCACCGAUCUGCCUUGACCAAGCUCCUGUGUGGCCUCUACGCCCUCUUACUUGUAGUAUUUGGCAUCGUUUUCUCUGUAGCUAAUGCCCUGACAGUCAAAGAGAGACAGCACCUUUACUACUUAGAGGUGUUCCUUAUUUACCUGUACCUGGGAUCACUCGGUGUUCUGCUUUACUUCCAAAUCUGCAUCCUGAGAGGAGUUCGAGUCCGGAACAACUACUUUGACAACAAUAUCCGUGUCGUCAUUCGGCGAGAUCAGGAUAAUCUGCAACUGACCCCAUCUCCCACAAGAAAGCAAGACAAUGAACACCAGCACAUCAUUGUUGAUGGAGAGGAGACAUUUGACUCCAGGAAGGAGCCUAUGGACCAGAUGUCUACUCUAUCCACUAGAUCCCAAAUGGCAGUUCCUGCUGAUGGAGAGGUUGCUCAUGUUGGGGAGGGCAUCAAUUUUUACCUAAGGCUUGGUGCACUAGCAUUUUCUAUUGGCAGUGUUACCCUGGAUGGUUUCCACAUUGCAUCAUACUUUGAGACAGAGAACACGACUACCUGUGAGAGCUACAUCUUUACAGUGGUCUAUGUCCUGCAUUUGAUUUUUACCUUUAUCCAGACAUUUUUCCUGUUCAAGAACCACAAGCUUGUGAUUGAUAAAAACAAGGCAUCUGUAAGGUUUGGCCUGAUGCAUCUCCUAGCAACCAAUCUGGCAGUCUGGUUUGUAACAGCCAUCACUGAAACAGCAGAGGACUUUAAGCAACAGAAUUAUUUUGCUAUUCGAAAUGAAAACACAAGUAUGGAAGGUAACUCCAGAAGCUGCUAUGAAGAUGUCACUUUAGCCAGAACUGCUUCCCCUUAUUUGUUCCCAUGCACCAUCAUAUACAGCAUUAUUGCUUCAGGCAUUAUCUAUCGUAUGUACCAGUAUGUGGGGGUAAAAGUCACCCAGCGCUGGCCGAGCCACACGUCCUUGACCUCCAGUGUGCCUGCAGGUGCCGUGGGCAUGGACUGUGAGAAGGCCAACAAAGGUUUAUUCACUGGAUUACUGGUUGCAGUUGUGACUCUCAUCGCCAUUGCGACGUUCUUUGUUUUUGAAAGUCGACUGAAUCACCCUCACACAGCAAUUAAGAUUUUCUUUGUGAUGGAGAUCUCUUUAAUCAUCAUCACUGGAAGCUGCAUCUUGUUUGGGAUGUUGCGCUUUGUGCAGCUCAGAUUCCUGGAGAAUUACCUCUCUUUGGAUGCUGUCUUGCUGGUGAUUUCCCUUGGUGGUGCUUACAUCUAUUUGAGCUUCAUGCUUAUCUCAUCUGCCUCCAUGGUGGAGGUGCAUGGAGUGAUAAGCAUUUUAUCACUUGCUGUUAUUUGUGUUGGAAUUUUAGAGUCAACACUUCAGGCAAUUUUCAUCCUGGAUGGUCUCUGCCGUCGAGCAGAUAAUGACGGACAAGUAGAGAGCAAACCAGGCCGUGCUAUUGUCACCUUUUUGCUGGUUUGCAACCUGGCGCUCUGGGUUGUCAGCAUGUUUGAGAUCAAGAAGACCAUGGUUGUGCCAUUUCACUUGGAGUUUUAUGGAAUACUGCCAUGGAAUAUCAUGCUCCAUCUGUGUGUUCCCCUCUUCAUUUACUUCCGCUUCCACUCAGCCAUUUGUUUGUCCAAGAUCUGGUACCACGCCUACCAGAAAGAGCGCAACCCAUGACUAGCAAACGUGGAUGUCAGGGAUGGACAGUGGGUACCACUAAUGGAAUAACGAUUUUUUUUUUGGUCCUGAGAAACAAUUUUAACCACAACGAAAUACGGAAUUUAAAUCAAUUAAAAAACUUUUAUGUUAGAAACCACUGGAGAAAAUAAAUGCUCUGUAAUAUUUUUGUAUGGUAUAAAUGAUGGUUUUGUGUUGCACUAAGUUAAGAGCAAGUAUUUAAAAUAAGCAAAGUCAUUAAAUUAAAAUGCAAUACAUUUUGUAUCAGUUUGGCAGUUAAUUUUAAAUAAGUAUCCAAAUUUAUAUUCCCAACCCAUUUUUAAUUAUAAAUAAUUUGUUACAUUUUUAAAAAACCUUUUCCAGAGGACCUAUUACCUGCAUAGCAUAGUAAAAUUAAAAACAUUAUCUUGUAAUUCUUUUAUUAUGAAUUCUCUUGUCUAAAGGAUAAUAAUCUAGAUGAUUUUCUGUUAUUCUAGUUUCAAAAUUCUGAAUAACAUACUGAGUACAACAGCAUAAAAGUAUUUACUUAAAUCACCUAUUAUUAAGGCAGCAGAUAUUUUUAGCGUAUGGACCUUGUCAGAUUUUUGAAUGACUAGUUUUAAAAUGGUACCAGAAUUAGUUGAACUAAAUUAAUGUUAAUGAGAUUUAAAUGUUAAUACUUGUAUUUAAUGUAAAUAAUAUUUAAUCAGUGUAGUCCUUUUUAUUUUGUCAUUAUCAUUUCAAUUUCACCCAAUCAUUGUCAUUGGUUUUUGGAUAAGCUGUUACAUAAAACAUUGCCAGAGUAAGCUGCCCUUGAUUGUCUGCAAAUAUUUUCUGAAUAUAUUAUUCAAUGCAAAUAAUUUGUAAAUGCUGAGUAAUUUAUAUCUAAGUAGGGUUAAAAGUAUCUUAAUAGUGUUUUUUUU